AAACAGCUGACCGGCAAAUAAACUGUCUGCAGUGUUUAUUUAAUUUGUAUCAUAAAAAUAAAAAGCAAUGUACAAUAUAAGCAAAUUUUGUGCACAAAUUCAGCCAACAAGAUUUUUGCGUAUAUCACAAUUACAAACAAAUGAAUUGCACCGACUAAGUAUAUGUAAUAUUUUAGCGGUAUAUUGGCCCUAUCAGAGCCGCCAACAACGCUUAAUGUGUAGUAGUCUGCAAAGAGCAGUACGAGUAAACACAUUUGAAAGUGAGAGGCAAUACUCUACGGUGAUUGCGCAGAAAACCCCAGCAAAGAAAAAAAUGGCAAAACUCACCGAGCAGGAAAGAUCUGAACUACUUCAACCACUUCUGGCUGCUGGCUGGUCAUUAGUAGAUAACCGCGAUGCCAUAUACAAGGAAUAUUUGUUCAGUGAUUUCAACGCUGCUUUCAGUUUUAUGUCCGGUGUGGCUUUGCUGGCCGAAAAGUUGAAUCAUCAUCCCGAGUGGUUUAAUGUAUACAAUAAAGUACAAGUAACUUUGUCUACUCAUGAUGUUGGCGGUCUUAGCGCAAAAGAUAUUCGGGUAGCUAAGUACAUGGAAGAACAAGCCAAACGCCUACUCUAAGCUAUCGUUCCAAUUUGUGUGUGGUAUUUUCUUGAUAUUGUUAAAUAUUUAAAGUUGUAAAAUAAAUGUUGUAAUUAAAAUUUA